AUGUCGCCUUUUAGCCUCUUCAGAGGACUGAACCCAGUUCUUGAACUCCAGCCACCACUAGCUCCAUUUUCCUUUGAUCCUGCAGCAGAAGAAGCUUUAAGGAGCAGUGUUUUUAGUCAGUACCCAGUCUCUCUUCCAGAUCUGUCUGACAAAGAUUCAGAAAUCAUAGAGAAAGCUCCCAAUGAUUCCUUUACAAGUUUCAUGGAUGCCACAUUAUUUACACCAAGGGGCAGAACGUCAUUACCAAAUCGGAAAGUGACUCCUAUUCAACGCAGAAUGUCCUUAAAUGAGAUGGACUUUAGAACACCAACAUCUGCCAUUAAAGAGAGGUUUUUGCAAAGGACGCCAAAUUCUUUGCAUAAGAGAAGGUCGGAUGUGACUUGGAAACCUACACCAAGUAGCAAACUGCCAUAUACCCCAACACCUUGUAAACAGGAUGCCAUGGGUGCAGCACGCUUACAGCUUGCACAGCAGGUUGCUGAUUACAUUGUUAAUGAAACCCCAAAAUCUCAGUUGGGACGUGGAAUGGAGCUUGAUGAUUUGCUUGGCAUGCUGUCUUCUGAUCCUUUCUUAUCUAGAAAAGAGAUUCCUCGCACUCCAGAGAACUUGAUUUCAGAUAUUCGAACAUCCUGGCGAAAAGCCAUCCAGACAGAAGAAUUUUGCAAUGUAUCCAGUCCAGUGGAAGACCCAUAUGUAGAAUCUCCUGUAGAGCAAGAGUCCACUCACUGCAGCCUGGUGGACCUGAGUAUGGCUUGCUUCCUGUCUGCUUCUCAUUUGUCUGAGCAUAAUGAGUCACCAGACCAAAGGAUGUCUUUGAGCACUGGAAAACCAGAUCCUCCUGAAAGAGCAGCCUUGAGUCAGAACUUGACACCCUCUUUGGCUAACGAAAUUGAGCAAGAAAAAUGUACUCCAUUAAAGGAAUAUGUGAGAGCACAAAUGUUGCCGUUUGCAGUUGGAGACAAGAAUCAUACUUUUAUUUUUGAUGACCAACAAGUUGAUGAAUUGAAAGACAGCACAAUGAUUAUUCAUGCGCCUAGUCAAGAAAAUGCUUCUGCACAUUCUACUCUUUCAUGGAACUCUUCAAAAGCAAUGGACUUUAACAUCAGUUCAGAGAGCCAUGAUGUGAUCCAGUUUGGCAUACUACAAGAAACUAUCCCAGAAGAUGGGAACAUGAGUCUUAACAGCACAACUAGUGCACAGACUCCGGAGGUAGAUAGGUACAGCACCAGAGUAGAAAGUAGUGAGUGCCCCUCAGAUAGAGAGGGUGGCUGGGAACCUGUGGAGCGUAACAUUGACAUAAAUUCUAUACGUACUAGAUAUGAAGCUCUGAAAAGGACCUUUAUGUCUUUAACAGAGGAAAAAAGUAUUGUAGAGCACACCCCUUUAAGCAGGGUUGCCAAGCAAAAAUCUGAAUCCAGCCUUCCAGCGGAGACUGGCAGUGUCUUCAGCCCCUUAGAUAAAGGACUGACAUUGGAUUUGAAGUAUCUCAACACUCCAUCACCCAGAGACAGAAAGCUGUCACUUCCGCAGCUCAUCUCUUUCUCUCCCUGUGAAGAUAAUGUACGUGCCAGGACCACGGAGGACUUCCCAGAUGUUUUUGAAUCACAAGGCACUGGGAAUAUCAAUCAGACCUUCGAUUACACGACUUCUGCGCCAGACCUACAGAAAAGUACAGAUGAAGGACUGGGACAACUUAUAAUGCUGUAA